CCUAAACUGACUAAAUGAGUUCUGUCAGCGGAGCUUGUCAGCGGAUGACUUUUUCAUCGCCGGAAUAUCGCUGAACGACCUCGCUGAAGAAGAUGGACUCUGCCUUCUCUUCAUUAUGUAAGUAGCCAUUUCUUGUUUGACUCAUCGGUGUUUUCACAUUGAUAUUUCAUUGUUCCGCUUCGAGACACGCGGUUCACAAUACUCACGAGUAAGGAGUUAAGAUAUAACUUAUUAACUUUUACUAUUUUUAUCAUCCAAUCACAGGUCGGAGCCAUUCCUGUAUUUAGUUGUUAGACAACAUCAAGUGAUCAAUCAUGUCUAACUUAAAAAAUUGCGUGAUCUUCAGCACGUGCUCACGAUUCUUUAUUCACGAUUGUGAAUAAAGAAGUUUUGCCGUCCUUGUUUGUUUAUUUUCUUUAUUUUGUUUAAAUUCAUCCGGACUCUUGGGAAAACAAAGCUAACUGUUUCCCUCGGGACCAUUCAUUAAUUGUAUCACGGAUUACCUCUUGCGCGUGGGUCACGUAGCCAUUGUGAUGCGUUCAAAAGACCUUAUUGACCCCGUGUUUUGCAACAAGAGAAGUUUCGAAGGCUUAGAGAGGGUAAAAAGGUCUAUUACUUCUUCAACGUGGUCGCCUUUGUUAAAAAAGAAAGCACUUUACGCGCUAAAAUGGUGUACUUCUGUGCCCCGACAUACAACCAUUCAACGGAGAGCCAUACAUGCAAGUUCUUCCCUUUUCAAAGCGCUGUAAAGGCAAAAGACAAGUACAAACGAUGGAUCCCUCCGAUAAGGGGUACAAGAACAAUAACAAAGGAGACUGUCGACUCAAACAUGGUUUAAAAUGGCAGGGAAAUCUUUUGCUUUAACGUUUCUACUUUUCCUUUUUAUCUUAACGGUGCUAUUAUGGAAAUUUGAAACAAAUUUCUUCGGCCCAAAAGGUAGUUCGCUGGUUGUGUAUAUCAACUCCAUAAGAUCAACGAAAGAGACUGCCAAGCGGGAAAUAUCUGCGCUCAUGGACUCGAAUCUAAAGACCAACGAAAAUCGUUCUUACACAAUUCACCACAAAAAACUGCAAUGGCUCAUCGUUUACUGGUCGACAUAUUUUCAAGUUAAGCUAGAUUUACAUCUUUCUUGGAAGCAGGGAGACUGCCCUGUGGCCUGCGAGGUGUCAAGUGAUCAUUCACGAGCGAAUGAGGCAGACGCCUUUGUAGUCCAUGCGCGAGAUUCGCACAUGAUACCUCCAAAUAAAUCCGUACCGUGGAUCCUUCAAACACAAGAAAACCCUGUGUACACUCCCUCUCUAACCAAUCCCAAUUUUAUGUCAAAAUUUAAUCUGUUGCAAAGUUAUCGCCUGGACUCGGACUUCCCCGAUCCAACUUUUACAAAGCCAAAUGUGACACCACCAGUUCCCUUUAAGGACAAAGAUGGACUCAUUCUAGCCGUAUUUUCCAACUGUGAACCCGUGCGGACGGAAUACAUGAGACAGUUGAUGAAGUUUGUGCAGGUUGACUCGUAUGGAGCCUGUCUAAGGAACAAACAAGGUCUAGUCAACAGAUAUGGUUCAGAGAACGGGAAAGAAUUCCGAGAAGUCAAAACUGACCUUGCCAGAAGAUACAAGUUCUCUUUAGUGUUUUUCAAUCAGGAUUGUGAUUACUUCGUGGACGCACAACUAAGUCAUGCUCUGAAUGCAGGCUCAGUUCCCGUGGUAAUGAGCACAGACAAACUUGACGAGUUCCUGCCAGGAAAUCUCAAACGCUCCGUCAUAAGAGUUCGUGAUUUCAAAAGUCCACAGCAACUGGCGGAGUAUCUAAAAUACCUUGGUAACACUGAGGCAGAAUACAACAAAUUCUUAGAGUGGAAAUGGAGAGGUUUUGGAAAUAUCACUGACACUGUUAUUGGAAACUUUUGGUUUCCGAAAUAUCCACUUUAUUGUCAAAUUUGCGUAGCUCUUUCAGAGCGCCGAGUACACAAGAAUGGCCUCAAGCCAAUUCCGUGCAAGUCAAGAACUUUUAACGACUGGGGAAUAAAUAGAGAAAUCUAGUUUGCUCUAUUUUUUAGAGACCUUACAAAAUAUUUGUUGAGUAUUUUUUUACCAUUCCAGUUGAUUCGAAAGUUUUGCUUUGACUUUCUCGAACAUCAUCCACAUUUGUACUGCAACAUUGUUACGCGCGAUUGAACCAUUUUUUUUUUUUUUUUUGACGAUCAAAAUUACUAAUACAAUGUCGUUUGAACCGGCUGACAACAAAGGUGUUACAUUUCAGCCAACCAUCCCCAGCGGUUCCACCUCGCUCUUUAACCCUUUACGCCCUAAAAUCAGUAUGCAUAUUCUCCAUACUGCUCUUAAUACAUUUCCUAAGGUGCUGACCAGGAGAAUUUGUUUACCAAUCAAAAGCUUAUUUCGUUGGUGAUCAUUUCCUUUAUUCUCAUGACCAUAACGUGUGAUUCAGGGGUGAUAUUGUGGGGAGAAAUUUGAUGCUAUUCACUCUUCGGGUGUAGAUGGUUAAAGGUUGAAACUACAUGUAUGGUACGACGUUGCUCUUUUGAUUUAUUUCCGAGAAAAACUAUUUACACUGACUACAAGUCAAGUCAAGUGAUCGCCAUGCACGUGUUUACGACUGUGAGCAGAAUCUUAGUAACACAGUAAAAUCAACGCCUCCACAUCGCACUUAUUAAAUAUGUAAGGAUUUUAAAGUGAGAUUGUGUAGGAGGGUGAAUGAAAAAUUAAAGAGCUUUAACGCUGCUAUGAAUCACGUUACGGAAUUCUCGAAAGACAGGUGCGCUUUUCCAGGGGAUAUAAGAUCUAGUGAGCCUGAAUUGCGAGUACAAGAUAUCAUUAUCCGUACCAUUUCUCUUCUCCUUUUUAUUUAUUGUUGUACGUGACAAAGUUUUUUACUUCAAAAUCUACCAAGUUAUGCAAUGAAAAAUGUUUAAUCGAGCAGCCUUAAGGUUGAAGUAAGUUGCUGAUUUUGCCACCAUUUCAUACAACAAAUAUUUUUUGUCUCUACAUUUUGUUUCCACAUUUGGCGUCAACUUUAAUUACUAAACAGACGCAAAGUAACGCUCAAUGUAUUUGCCAAAUAGUAAGCGA